AACAACUACGUUGCCUUUCUUUCCUACUAGUCUUUCCUGCUAGUUACCUGACGUUGAUCAGCAAUGUUUUUUUCUUAGACGUUGUGUUUUGUCCAUAGUUUCUCCCUCCACACAGUUCUUCUUUGGAAUAAUGCUGAUAUAACUCUUAGAAAUAAGUCUCUAAGUUUUAAUUGUAUUCAUUGUUCUGUUUGUGGUUAAUAGUGUGAGUCGCCCUCUAGUGUCGCGGACGCGCUACAGCAGCAGCACAGAGCGCGCGCGUCACAAUACGAGUUUACACAGACUAAUGCAGUUUACACCCGUUAGAGCCACAGAAGGACGUGUUAUUCAUGAAUGAGUCUCACGCUCUGAUAUUGAACAUUUCGAUCAGUGUGUGGGAUCAGUGUGUUUGAGCGAGAGACAGCAUCAUCAUCAUCAUCAUCCAGCGGAGGACAAAGACGCAGAAAUGGGUCACAGCAGCGAAUGAUGAUCUCAGGGUCUCUCUUCUGCUCUGUGCUCCUCAAACAUCACGUCAUGUUCCUCAGCUGUGUUCUUCUGCUGUGUCUCCUGCUGCACGUCUGCGGUGGGACGCUGGACCCCGACAGAGAGAUGUGUUACUCUCGACAGCAUCGGGACGCUGCUGUAAACACACAUGUGUCUCUGGGUCAGAGGGGAACCGUCAUGGAGGCCCGAGCCAUGCCUUCAGAGAAAGACUGCAUCCUCACCUGCUGCUCGGAGGACGUGGCUCCAGGGCUGAAGUGUAAUCUGGUGGUGUAUAAACCGGCGGAGCGGCCCGGAGAUCUCAACUGUGAGCUCUUCCACUGUCCGAGCGAGAGAGACUGUCCUCUGAUGACCGCCGGCCCCGGAAUCAACACCUACAACAUCUUCAAGGGUUUAACUCAUCCAACAACUAAAGGAAGUGAAAGAAUUACAGCCAAACCUGCAGCGCCUCAGCUGACCACACCCAAAACUACACCUAUAACUACAACUACACCCAUAACUACACCUAUAACUACAACUACACCCAUAACUACACCUAUAACUACAACUACACCCAUAACUACACCUAUAACUACAACUACACCCAAUACUACACCCAUAACUACACCCAAGAGUACACCCACGACUACACCAAUAACUACAACUACACCCAUAACUACAACUACACCCAAGACUACACCCAUAACUACAACUACACCCAAGACUACACCCAAAACUGCACCUAUAACUACAACUACACCCAAGACUACACCUAUAACUACAACUACACCCAUAACUACAACUACACCCAAGACUACACCCACCACUUCGAUUACACCCAUAACUACACCCAAGAGUACACCCACGACUACACCAAUAACUACAACUACACCCAUAACUACAACUACACCCAAGACUACACCCAAGACUACACCCAUAACUACAACUACGCCCACGACUACACCAAUAACUACACCCAUAGCUACAACUACACCCAAGACUACACCCAUAACUACAACUACACCCACGACUACACCAAUAACUACAACUACACCCACGUCUACACCCAUAACUACAACUACACCCAAGACUACACCCAUGACUACACCCACAACUACACCAAUAACUACAACUACACCCAUAACUACACCCACGACUACACUCAUAACUACAACUACACCCAAGACUACACCCACAACACCUGCGUCUACACCCACAACUACACAGACGACUCCAGCACGACCACCACCAACCAGUACCACAUCCAACAGUGAAGCCACUGAAGCAGCACUGACUGAGUCAGAAUCAGCAGAGAUGCUGGUACCUGUCGCUAUGACGACCGCAUCCACUACCACGGCAACUAGCACCACACAAUCCUCCUCCACUAAAAGCAGCAGCACUAAAGCGCCACGGACCGCCAUCAAAUCCAACCGUCCCAAGAAACCCAGCAAACCCUCGAGACCAGAAACGCAUUCAGUGAAGCCCGUCAGAUACACAACGAUCCCGACGAGCAGCACACCUGCAACUACAACAACUACAACCACCACCACUACAACCACAACUACAAGCACAGCAGCCGUGAUCGAGCUGGAGAGCGACCCGAAGCGCCGAGGUUUCUCUCGAGAUCCUCUUCCAGAGAAGCCCAAGGUGUCUCGAGUGAUGUGGAAGAACAGCCUGGUGGCCAUCGUGGUGAUCACACUCAUCUUCCUCACACUCAUCCUCUCUCUGGCGGCCCGUAAAGCCAUGGAGUCCUUCGACAGACGCCACUACACCCGACUGGAGCUCAACGACCUGCACUACGAGGUUUAACACCACCGACACCACAAUCAAAGGAGACAUGUGUUUCCUGGUAACUCACUGGGAGAGAGCUUUGUGUUUUAAUAUUUAGGCUGUGUAGACACUGCACACUGUUGACGCUUCAUCUGUGAAUCGAGACUGAAGGAGAGAAAUCAAAAGCAAUACACUGAACUCAGGUGGAGUGAGAUGGUGAGCAUCACUCCUUCAAGAUGUUUCUUUGGCUCAAGUUUUGUUUUCUCUGGAGAAACACGGGUAAGAACGGCCUCAGCUGAGUUAUAUUACGUGUUUUCUGGAUCCAGAGCACACAUCUCCUUCACUAAUGGAUCGUGAGCUUUAUUUCAGCGAGAUCCUCACAUGUGUUUCACGUUUUCACUGUAACUGAACGAGCGGCGCGGUGUGAAUGUGCUUUUUUGGAUGAUUGUCUGCUUUAAUGAUCACCGAACAACAGCAUGAGAUUGAGAAAUCUGUCCGGUUCAUUCAGUUUGUUUUGAUCUUAUUCUGCUUCAGUAUUUUCUAAUCUGUUAUGAUAUGUUUGUUGUUGGUAUAUUUUUGGUGAGCCUAGGCUUUUACAGACACCUUGAGAUUAAUGUGAUUAUUUCUCUUGCAAGAAAUAAAAAUGAGUCUUUUUCAGUCU